AUGGCCACAGGCGGGGCCCCAAUGCCAGGGGCCACACACUUGGCCACUAAGGUGGAGCUUACCAUCUCCUGUGAAAACCUCAUGGACAUGGACGUCUUCUCCAAGUCUGACCCUCUUUGUGCCUUGUACAUCAACACCUCAGGGUCUCAGUGGUAUGAGUUUGGCCGCACAGAGAUGAUCCUGAACUGCCUCAAUCCAAAGUUUGCCAAGAAGUUUGUCCUGGAGUACUAUUUUGAGAUGGUACAGAAGCUGAAGUUUUCCGUGUAUGACAUUGACAACAACACCUAUGAUCUGGGUGAUGAUGAUUUCCUGGGGGAGAUGGAAUGUACCUUGGGCCAGAUCGUGUCUUCCAGGCAAAUCACUCGACCUCUGCUGCUGAAGAACAACAGGCAUGCAGGACGGGGGACCAUCACUGUCUCUGCUGAGGAGAUAACAGACAACAGGGUGGCAUGCUUUGAGGUGUCGGCCCGGAGACUGGACAAAAAGUUUUUGUGGUGGUCCGACCCAUUCUUGGAAUUCUUCAAGCAGACAGAAACGGGAUGGCAGCUGGCCCACAGGACAGAGGUGGUGAACAACAACCUUAACCCAGUAUGGAAACCCUUUCGAAUCCCCUUGCGGUCUCUCUGUGGAGGAGAAGUGGAGAGGCCUAUAAAGAUCGACUGUUACGACUAUCGUUACAGUGGCUCCCAUGACCUUAUUGGGAGCUUAAGGACAUCACUUUCAGAUAUGCAACAGGGAACACACAUUUCACCGGUUGAAUUUGAAUGCAUCAACCCAAAAAAGUUGGCAAGGAAGAGAGGCUACAAAAACUCUGGGGUCAUUUGCAUCAGGCACUGCCAGGUGGUGAAGGAGUAUACCUUCCUGGAUUAUAUCAUGGGGGGCUGCCAGCUCAACUUCACUAUUGCCAUUGACUUCACAGGCUCCAACGGGGAUCCUUCAUCCCCAAGGUCCCUCCACUACAUCAACCCUGACGGCUAUAAUGAAUACCUGGCAGCUAUCUGGGCAGUGGGCGCCGUCAUCCAGGACUAUGACAGUAACAAGAUGUUUCCUGCCUUUGGCUUUGGAGCCCAGAUCCCUCCCACCUGGCAGGUCUCCCAUGAGUUUCCUAUCAAUUUCAAUCCGUCCAAUCCAUUCUGUGCAGGUAUAGAGGGGGUGGUGGCUGCCUACCAGAAGUGUUUGCCAGAAGUGAAGCUCUAUGGUCCCACAAACUUUGCCCCCAUCAUUAACCAUGCAGCCCAUUUUGCCAGACAAGCUCUCCGGCAGAAUACAGCCUCACAAUAUUAUGUCCUGCUCAUGAUCACUGAUGGAGUGAUCACAGACAUGGACCAGACAGCCGCCGCCAUUGUGGAGGCCUCUCGGCUGCCCAUGUCCAUCAUCAUAGUCGGUGUGGGCAACGCGGACUUCAGCGCCAUGGAGUUCCUCGACAGUGACGACAAGCUGCUGCGCUCACCGUGGGGCGAUGUCGCCGCACGGGACAUCGUCCAGUUUGUGCCCUUCAGGACGUUCCAAGGCAACCGCAUGGCCCUUGCGCAAAGUGUUCUGGCAGAGUUGCCUGAUCAAGUGGUCUCCUUCUUCAACUCUUACAACCUGAAGCCUCCUAACAAAUCCAGUCAAUUCAGCCCUUCCUAGAAAGGCAGUGUGCUGGUGGAGGCUCUUGGCCAAGUAUUGGAUAGCCUGUGUCAACAUUAACAUCUCAAAUCUGAACUGACGCUGGUCCUCUUUAACCCUGUCUCAGAGAUGGGUCCUCUUUCCUCAAGAAGCCAAAUCUCAGCAUGGUCACCCACUGUGUCUUGGAAAUGAUACUCAAGCCAAAUAAAAAACAGAAUGUAUUACUUAAUGUAUUAAUGUUGCUAUAAAGUGUGAUGGUGGUGAGAUGUAGUGCCUGAUCUCACAUGUAAAGGGGAAUAACAAAAAAUACUAACUUGUUUGACUGAUAACUGUUGUAUAUGCAAUAGACGCAGUAUUACUUAUACUGGGAGAGCAGGAGUGUCACUGGGGAAGUGUCGAUAAAUAAUGCCUUAUGACCCAAUAUAGGGUUUUGGAAAAUUCAGCCUCUGGGCUCAUUGCAUGACCUCAAUUGUACACAUCACACAGUGUCUUAACUGGACAAUCCACCAAAAGCCAGUAAUUCAGUAAAUGAGAGAAAAUUUUAAAUAAAAGGGAGUGUUUGCAUGCAAGCACUGAAUUCACAAUAAGCCAUCUCUUGACUGAAGCUGAUUUCCUUUUUGCAAUUCAAAUAUUCUUGCAUGUUUGUGAUCAUUACAUAUGUCGAAAAAUAUAUCAGAUGUGAUGUAUUUGCCUUGACCAGUUUCGUCUAUGUUUUUGUGCACUGAAUGUAUUCUCUUGUCGAGAAAAUAAAACUUUAUGACAAAAUAA